CUUGAAUACACAAGCAUGGGUUGGCCGACGCACGUGCAAGAACAACAACUCAGACCGUUCUUUGACAGACGCUUGCAGAUGAGUGUUCAUCAAGGGUGCCUAAUGUACGGCAUGAGGGUUGUUGUUCCGUCCCAGCUGCAGGAGCCCGUGCUCGACGAACUGCAUCAAGGCCAUCCCGGCAUCGUGCGAAGUAAGGAGCUGGCUCGCAGCUAUGUUUGGUGGCCAUCAAUUGACUCAGACCUUGAAAGAAAGGUACGAAGCUGCCAAGCAUGCCAGGAACAGCGUAAUGAUCCAUGCAAAGCGCCUCUUCACCCCUGGGCAUGGCCGACAGCACCGUGGAGACGACUACACCUAGACUUUGCAGGCCCGUUCCGCGGAACCAUGUUCCUAGUCGUGGUGGACGCGCACUCAAAGUGGCCAGAGGUGUUCACCAUGCAGAGCACUACGACCGAGCGCACUGUGAGGUGCCUACGUGAACUUUUCUGCAGGUUCGGAAUUCCGGAAACAAUCGUUUCAGACAACGGGCCGCAGCUGGUGUCCGAGGAAUUCAAGGUGUUCAUGAGGAACAACGGAGUCAGACAUGUCGUGGGCGCCCCAUACCACCCGAGCACAAACGGCCUGGCAGAACGGUUUGUGCAGACACUGAAGUCUGCACUACGCAAGUCAUCCGCUGGAGAGACGCCAGCAAACUUGUUGAUGGGCAGAAGAUUGCGUUCCAGGUUGGAUGUAAUCAAGCCUACGGUAGAGGGGAAAGUGAUCCACAAGCAAUUUAUACAAAGUAAGCAACGGAGGACAAGCAGAGAAGAAAUCUGCCCUGGUGACAAUGUCCUAGUGCGAAAUUACUGGAGUUCGCCGAGGUGGUUACGUGGUACCGUCCUCAAGAAGACUGGUCCAGUAUCUUACCAAGUCCAGGCGAGCCAAGUGUCCCGGCCACGGUACAAGAGCAUGGGCCACAGCAGCCUCACACCAUCCCGCAACGGGAUCCUGUACCUCCUACAGGCCGAUCUACUUCUGAAGGACGCUACCCAUCGAGAGAACGGCGUCCGCCUGACAGAUACCAAGCUCGCUCCUAACUUUUGUAUAAUACUGCCGUUGGCGCUGCUACGUAAUUAA